AUGAUCCCCAUUCUUGGUUCGCCUGGGCUAUUUCUGAGGGGGUUUGGAACAACACGCGAUGGAAGGGGAUCGGCGCGGGCGGUGCUUCCCCCUGUGUGCCAGUCGGCUUCCUACUCUGCCCCCAUACGGAGACUUGUUCUGCUCGAUCUUCUAAUCUUGCUCGCCCUCCUGCUGCCGACGUCGCCGGCUGCUGUGCUUGUCAAUCGGCUAACGCCUCGAGGACGGCUCCAAUUCGUCGCCGCCGCCGCGAAGAAGAAGAAAAACCCUUGGCUCGACCCCUUCGACUGCGGAGAGGACCCCGACAUCAAGUACGGAUCCCUCUUCAUCGACGGAAAGCAGGAGGAGGACCCUCGCCCUCCCAACAACCCCUCCAACCCCUACGACUUCCUCAAGUUUCCCAUGGGCUUCAACGUCGAGCUCGCCUCGCUCGCCUCGAAGGUCCGCGGCGACGUGCGCCUCUGCUGCUGCGUCAUCUCCGGCGGAGUCUACGAGAACCUCCUCUUCUUCCCCGUGAUCCAGCUCAUCAAGGAUAGGUACCUCGACGUGCAGAUUGAUGUCAUUGCCUCGCCCAGGGGGAAGCAGGUGUAUGAGGUGAACAAGAAUGUGAGGUGGGUGAAUGUGUAUGACCCUGACGAAGAUUUCCCGGAGCCGGCAGAGUACGUCAACAUGAUCGGUCUGUUAAAGAAUCGAUACUAUGAUUCGAGCUUGUCGACCAAGCUUGCUGGACUUGGCCAUGCGGCAUUCCUGUUCAUGACAUCUGCUCGGGACAAAGUAAGCUACGUGUACCCUAAUGUCAAUGCAGCAGGCGCAGGCCUGCUGCUCACAGAGACCUUCACUUCUCCAACCAUGAACCUCUCCGAACGUGGAUACCACAUGUACGAUGAAAUGGAGGAAUGGUUAGGGAGACCAUUUCGCAGUGUGCCAAGGCACCCAGUGUCUCCUCUUAGAGUGUCCAUCUCAAAGAAGCUCAGGGCCUAUGUGGAAGAAAAAUAUAGCAAAGUCGGAGUUCAAAAGGGGGGAUUUGUUGUCAUUCAUGGCAUUGAAACAGAUUCUGUGGCUUCAAUGAGAUCCAAGGGGGACAAUGAUAGCUUGUUGCCGAUCCAAGUUUGGGUUGAAAUAGUAAAAGGUUUGAGGGGUGUGAAGCCUCUCUUUGUCAUCCCACAUGAGAAAGUGAGGGAGGAUGUAGAGGAAGUGGUCAGAGAUGACACACAUAUCCUCUUCAUUACCACUCCUGGCCAGCUAGCAGCUCUCGUUGAUGAUGCAAUCGGAGUAAUUGCCACAAACACUGCUGCCCUGCAACUCGCUAAUGCUCGCAACAAACCGAGGCCUUUAAGUUGUGAUUUAAGUAAAAGGUGUGUGAAGGAUAACUAUGGUAUUACUAGCAAUAUAAGCUAA